AUGGGCCGACUCGGCUGCACGGCGGUCGGCACCCUCGACGACUCCAAGUUCAACGAGCCCAUGCCCUGGAUCGGCGCUUACGUCGCCUCCGCCUCCGCCGCCUGCGCCCUCGCCAUGGCCGCCGACGCCGCCCACGCCCUCCGCUACCGCAAGGGCUGGUUCCCCUCCCGCUUCUUCUCCCUCAACGCCACCACCCUCACCCUCAUCGGCGUCGCCGUCAAGCUCUCCGUCGACCUCAACACCUCCAUGCCCCGCCCCCACGACCAGCUCUCCAAGCUCAGCAGCACCGCCUUCCUCUCCACCGCCAUCGCCAACUCCCUUCCCUCCCUCGGCUCCUCCUCCUCCUCCUCCGACCUCAUGAUGAACAUCCUCGCCCUCUCCAUCCUCGUCAUCACCGUCCUUGUCAACGUCGCCAUCCAGCUCGCCACCGGCGUCAUCUACGUCUUCUUGCCCGAGCACAUCCUCAUCAUCUCCCUCACCCUCAUCCUCCUCGGAAUCACCAUCUCGUCGGCCCUCGCAGUCCCCGCCACCAAAUGCUACUUCGAGCUCAAGUACGCCAAGAAAUACGAGCUCGCGAAAACAGAGUGCGGCGGGUCGUCGGAUCUCAAGGACGAUCUCGCGAGGUACUGGAUGAUGGCCCACACGUGCAGCCCGCAGUUCGUGGUGGGCCGAUUGGCCACUUGCACGGCCUCUGGCGCGUACUGCUUGCUGAGUGCCGUGACUUUGGCAGAGGCCAUGCUCCGGAGCUACUUCAUGCCGUGGUGCUUCACAUUCUGCAAAGGCCAUUCGGAUUAUAAGUGGUCGGUUUUGCUGGUGCUUGUGACUCAGGCUGCCGCGGUGUUGGUGGGGACGAUUGGGCCGGCUUCCAGAUGGUUCUUCGCCAUCAAGUUCAGGUGCCUGAAGAGAAGGAAGAAUUAUUCUGAAGCUAUGUUUUCUGUGGAAAAUUACUGGGUUCAGACAUUGAACCAACUGAAGGAGUGCCCGCUGGACAUGAGGAUCUGCAGCCGGCACGGUAAAAAGUUCGUGCACCAUUUGAAAAACAAAGCCUUGGAUCUAUGCAUUUUGGUCCAGAAGGUGAUUGUGAUCUCGAGCAAGUUUCUCGGGCUGCUGUCGAUAAUUAUCAUGAGCAGGUUAAUGGCGGCACUGAGUUGCUGCAGCAAGAGACUCGUCUCGUUGUUUAGAUGCAAUGCAAAGUGUGCCGACACAGAAUCGUCGGACCGGAAUAAGUCGAACAGGAAGCUCGACCUCAGCCAAUACGUAAUGCACCUCGAGGGAGAGGAAAAUCUGGUUGACGUGAUGAUGGAAUGCGACAACGACACCACAGGAUACUUCUUGAAAAUGGGGAGAAAAAAGCAGCCGAAACACCUUCUACAUAUCAUGGAGAAACUCGAACCUUCUCAGGGGUUCGGAGGGGUUUAUGCAUUCGACAGCAAAUUUGUCCCGCCUUUAGAUCCCACGGCAGAGCCCCCCAAGAGCUGGGCCUUACCGGUGGUCACCUUAACGAGCAUUGCAGUUGCAACGAGUACCGAUUCGGACUUCAAUUCCGUGCGGGAGCUCAUAAAAUGCGUGAACGAAGGUCUCAAGUACAUCCGAGUCGUGGAGAACAGUCUCGAUGCAAAGCAAACUUCGACAAAUGUUAGGAAAGCAGCCGAGAUCGUGUGGGUGGGAGUCGAGCUUCACUAUAGAUGGCUCGACCUGGACCUCCGCGAGACGGGGCUUCGAGGUAAGAGCCCGAAACAUGUAAUCUCGGAGCUUUCCGAGACUGCCAAGCAGAAGUUCGUGGAGUUGAGAAAGAAAGACCCGAUUGGGUGUUUGAGGUAUGAUCCAGCGAGAUGGCCCGUCAAGGCUUUGGCGGCAAAUGCAAUGUACAGAGUGUGUGAGACACUUCUGCUGGACAAAUCGGACGAGUGUGGGAAGUCGAUGUUCGAGAGGCUGAGUGCCAUGAUUGGGGAGAUAAUCGGUGCUUGCCUUACGAAUUUGGAGCGGGCGAUAUCGGUGAAGUGCCAUCAGACCAGUAUAGAGCACAGGGAGGAAAGCGUGCGGCACGCGAUUCUUCUGCUCGGGAAAACAGAAAGGAUAUUGGAAAUUAUUGGCCGGCAACGAGUUCCGAGUUCGGAUCCGGAGAAAUUGGCGUGCAUUAAUAAAUGGCGGGAGAUGGGCAUCUCAGGGAAUGAUCGGCUGUCUUUCUGUUCUACUCCUACCAGUAGCGAUUUCAGUGUUGCAUCCGAUUUAUAUCUGAAUGUUGACUGA